AGAACUGCAUACCUACUCAUGUACCUAAAGAUGGAUCCAAAUAAAUGCAGAGCUGCUGAUGAGAGGGCUGCAAACAUUGAUGCCCAUGCACAGCACUUGGUCCAUCUGCACAGAGAGUUUGAAUAUCUCAGACAUGAAAUUAUAACUAAAUCCAAAGCAAACAAAAUAAUGAAACUUGAAGAUGACGAAAGAAGCACCGGUAAAAAGAGAAAUAAAAUCUGUAAUCGUCAGUCUAAUAAAGAAGAACUGCGGAAGUUGCACAAUUCCAGGUGCAAAGGGAGGUCAUUAGUAAAGUGGUGUUGGAGACGAUUGCCAAGGCCUGGAAAAGUGUUAGGACAUCAGAGGCAGAAUCAAGAGAAAACAGAACAAUGCCACAGUCUUCAAGGAGGGGAACUUAAUGAACAAAUGGUGCAGAAAUGCAAAUGGUCCCGCAAACUUCUUCAAAGGAAAAUAUACAUCAUUCAGUCUGAAUUCUCCAAAAGGAUUAACAGAACAGACUGUUGGCAGCGACAUUAUCAGGGAGAAUCUGCCCAUUCUGCUAUUAGAGAAAACGGGGAGAAACACUCAAACAUGGAUGCUAUAGAAAAUGAUGAAAAGUCAAAGUCUAUUAAAUUCAACAGAAAGAACAUCAAGUGUGAAUCAUCAGAAAAUGAAAACAAAGACCCUGAUACUGCCAGCUGUAUGCUGAAGUCACAUUCCCAAGAAGGCAUAAAACAUAACGGGGAGCAAAAUGGCAGUCAGCAAACCCCACACCAGGACCAUCAGAAAAACAUACCUGAAGAAACUAAAGGGCAUCACAGUCAGACCAAUAGUGAGACAAACAGUACGUCUGGUCUAUGUACAGCUGAAGGCUCCACUAACACAGCAGCACAGACUAAUUACACCCGAUUGUCAUAUGAACUGCACAGUAAACAGACUACUGCUUACUACCGGUAUCAUAUUGAAAAUAUACAAAACCUCAGGCUACAUCCAAGCAGAACAAGCACGGACUGUGCAAAGGAAAUGUCUGCAUUGCCUUCGUCUAAGUCCAGUGAUCGGAAAUGACUACAUGUGGAACCAGUAUAUCAAACAACAGUAUAUACAGCUCAGAUAAGAGACCAACAUGCGUUUUAAUCACAAUGCCCAAGAUAAGAGAAACAUCCUUCAACCUGUGAGUUACAUUGUUUUCAGAUGAAUAUUCAAGACAUUUAGGACUCAUAGAACACGUUCAGAUGUGGAAGCAGACAAGCAAAGUCACUUUGGACAACAAGAAAUCCCACUUUAAAGUCAUAUAAAGAUUAAAAAUAGGUGAUACUGAUUAACUCUCAUCUGCCAAGAAUAUGGGAUUAAAUGAAUGACCACUGCCAUAUUUAUAUUCAGGAGCAAAUCACUGUGUAUAUAUUUUUGUGAACUUUUUUAUUUUAAUGAAAUACUUUCUAGAUUUUGUAUCUCUUGCAUUUGCAGUUCUGUAUUUUUUUGUUCUUUCCUACGGGUUUACAUUAUGAUGUAUACAGCAAUAAACUUGUAGAUUUAUAAGACAAAUUGUCAAAAAUAAAUCCAAAUUUUAUCAAGUGACUCAAA